AUUUUAAUGUAUUAAUAUAAAUAUCCUCAUAUUUGGAUCGCCGUAAUUUACUGUUCGUUGAAUCUGAAAUCUUGAUGAAAAAUGUGAUCUUUUUUUUUUAUUUGCUGAAAAUAAUUGUUGUUUGUUUAUUUUCAAUUGAUCUCUCUGUUUUUGGUGAUUAAUAUAUUAUGCUGUUGAUCUUUUGGAUUUUAGAUACUUGUGGUGUUUGUAGAUAUAAUGUGACAGAAUUUGGAGUGCAAGAGUGCCAUUGAGUUAAUUUUUUUUUUUUGAGUUUGGUUUUCGAUUUGGUGGAGCUGAAUGUGAUAUGGGAUAGUGAUGUUUUCUCUCUUGUGGUACUGGGAAUCUGAAAGUAGUUGGCAAUACGAAACUUGCACUUUGAGAAUGUUUGUUUUGAAUGACUAUUGUUUCUUGGACUACUACGGAACUGAACUUGUCGAUGAUCACAGUUCAAUCAGAAAAUGCCAUCACUGAUUCGUUGAUUGAUUAUUAUUUUAUUUGAAAUUGAAGAUAUUGCGUCUUAUAUAUGAAAUGGAGUUCUUUUUUAUCUUGAACAUGGUUUAAAAGUUUAAAUAUUCAUGUUCCGAGGAAUGAGAAUGGUCUCUUCUUCCUAUGGAAUCUAAAUCAGUAGUGGAUAUGAUAGAGGCCUCCUCACGGGCCCAUUUUUCUGGGUUUCACAUGGAUGGUUUGGGGUCAAGAAAUACUGAGAUGGCACAACCAAUGACCUCUGCAACUGAAGACAUGUAUAAACAACCUUUUGUCAUUGGAGUUGCUGGGGGAGCAGCUUCUGGGAAGACUACAGUUUGUGAUAUGAUUAUUCAGCAACUUCAUGAUCAGCGUGUGGUGCUUGUUAAUCAGGAUUCCUUUUAUCAGAAUCUGACUGAGGAGGAACUUACAAGAGUACACGAUUACAACUUUGACCAUCCCGAUGCAUUUGACACUGAACAAUUAUUAUGUGCCAUGGAGAAGUUGAGGCAUGGGCAAGCAGUAGAUAUUCCAAACUAUGAUUUCAAGAGUUACAAAAACGAUGUUUUCCCUGCAAGAAGGGUCAAUCCUUCAGAUGUUAUAAUUUUGGAAGGCAUACUUGUUUUUCACGAUCAACGUGUUCGAGAUUUGAUGAACAUGAAGAUAUUUGUUGAUACAGAUGCUGAUGUACGUCUGGCAAGAAGAAUAAGGCGUGAUACGGCUGAGAAGGGUAGAGAUAUAGGUGCAGUACUUGAUCAGUACUCAAAAUUUGUGAAGCCAGCUUUUGAUGACUUCAUACUUCCAACAAAGAAAUAUGCAGAUAUCAUCAUUCCCCGUGGAGGAGAUAAUCAUGUUGCCGUUGACUUGAUUGUACAGCAUAUUCGCACAAAGCUUGGCCAACAUGAUCUGUGUAAAAUAUAUCCUAACUUAUAUGUUAUCCAAUCAACCUUUCAGAUACGUGGUAUGCAUACCCUUAUACGUGAUGCUCAAACAACAAAACAUGACUUUGUUUUUUAUGCUGAUCGACUGAUUCGUUUGGUUGUCGAACAUGGUUUAGGACACCUACCAUUUACAGAAAAGCAAGUGACCACACCCACAGGGUCGGUAUAUACAGGUGUGGAUUUCUGUAAGAGGCUAUGUGGUGUUUCUGUUAUUAGAAGUGGUGAGAGUAUGGAGAAUGCUUUGCGAGCAUGUUGUAAAGGUAUCAAGAUUGGGAAGAUACUUAUUCAUAGAGAAGGUGACAAUGGACAGCAGGUUUGUGGCUCUCUUUGUACUUGUUGGAGUGCGUCUGGUGAGGGUGUCUCUAUGUGUCACAGAACAGCUUAUUUUCUCAAUGUUUCAAUGUUUUGGCAGCUAAUCUAUGAAAAAUUGCCACAAGACAUCUCAAAUAGACAUGUGCUGCUAUUGGAUCCCAUUCUAGGGACAGGCAACUCGGCUGUUCAAGCUAUCUCUUUACUAAUUAGAAAGGGUGUCCCAGAGCCCAACAUUAUAUUUCUUAAUCUUAUAUCUGCACCUCAGGGAGUGCAUGUGGUCUGCAAAAGAUUCCCAAGAAUAAAGAUUGUUACGUCUGAGAUUGAAAUUGGAUUGAAUGAAGAUUUCCGCGUCAUUCCUGGCAUGGGAGAAUUUGGAGACAGAUAUUUUGGCACGGAUGACGAUGACCAACCAGUGGUGGUCCCAACACAAAAGAUCAACUAAGAGCUUCAGAUUUUACCCAUGAGGAGUUGGGGGGAAUCAGCUGAACUUGCUGCGCCCAUGUGUGCUUGCCGAGUUCUGCAAUUUCAGUUUUCAACAAAUUUUGACUUCAUUAUACCCUAUAAUUUUUAUCUCAAUUUUAGCCUGCCUUUUUUUUGUUUUUCUUCCUUUCUGAAUUCCAUUGUGUCUCGUAACUCUCGUUGGUUUAAUCAUGCAUCUCCUGGUUUCAUUAUAAUUCUGCAGGAGGUCCCCCCCCCCAUCAUAGAUAAGGUUACACUUUGUCUGCAUGUUUAAAGAGGGGAGUGAUUACAGGCAGAAACUUGAAACUUGUUGACAGCCUCCCCAUGAUAAAUGUAUCUCCAAACCCAGAUAUUUUACUUAUAUAUGAUUAUAAAUCCAUAUUUUUCCUUC